AUGCAGCAAGCCCAACAGCCGAACCCAAACCAACCGCUGCCUCCAGGCUGGGCUGCUCACUGGGAUGCAGCAUCCGCACGCACCGUCUUCGUUGAAACCGCUACCGGCCGUUCCCAGCUCAAUCCACCCAUCAUGAACGCGGCCCCCCCUCAAGCUUAUCAACAGCAGCAGACACCGGGCUACCAGUAUCCUCAGCAGCAAGCCUCCAACGGUCUCGGGGGUAACAACCUCCCUCAAACACCACCCCCACCCCCAGGCCCCAGUGCUGGGGUCCAGCCACCCAAGGCCAAGCGGGUCUAUGCUGCAAACCAAGCACAAGCUUAUUAUGGCGGCGAUGGCGCUGGUCCGCCUCCGAUCGAUAAUCAGUCAUACCAGCAGGGAAACCCAGCCGCCUCAGCCCAAUUCACGCCUGCCGGCAACAGCUUCUUCACGCCUGGCCAACCUCAGAUCGGCCAGCCUCCAGCCCCUCUUCCCAAUCAGGCCUUCCAACCAACACCUUAUGACCAUCAACAACAGCAGGGCUCUCAUUAUCCUCAGCAACCUCAGUAUGCUGGCCCAGCCAACCCUCAAUCUUAUGCCGACCCAGUCGGUGACUUAUCCCAGCAGUUUCAAGGCAUGGGUAUGGGUCAGAAACCUUACUCAUUCUCAACAGUCAACCUGGUCGGCAUGGUCCCAAACCCUCAGCUGCUCCAAACCCCACCCCCCGCCAUCAGAUUGCCGCCUGGGGUCUGUAUCACUCAAAAUCCACUAGCAAACUCGGACCCAUCCUACCAACGCUGUACGAUGAACGCCAUUCCGACCUCGGAAGGCCUGCUGAAGAAAUCCAAGAUCCCACUUGCAUUGAUCAUCACACCCUACCGAUCGAUCCAGGCCGGCGAGCCCGAAGUGCCUGUGAUCACCGACACCGUCAUCGCCCGUUGUCGUCGAUGUCGGACGUACAUCAACCCUUAUGUGACCUUCAUCGAGGGCGGCACCCGAUGGAAAUGUUGUAUGUGCAACCUCAGUAACGAAGUCCCCCAGCUCUUUGAUUUCGAUCGGCAGACCAACCAGCCCGCCGAUCGGUGGCAACGAGCCGAGCUUAACCACAGCGUCGUCGAAUUUGUCGCUCCGACAGAAUACAUGGUUCGCCCUCCUCAAGCCCCGACUUAUGUCUUCUUGAUCGACGUCUCCUACGCCGCCGUCUCUUCCGGAAUGGUAGCAACCGCCGCACGGACACUAUUAGAAACCCUCGACCGAAUCCCCAACGAAGAGAGUCGCACCCGGAUCGCGAUCAUCGCCGUCGACAGCUCGUUACAUUUCUUUUCACUGACCGCAAACAGCUCAGAGCCUAGUAUGCUCGUCGUUGGCGACGUCGACGAUGUCUUCUUGCCCAUGGCUUCCGACCUUUUGGUCAACUUGACUGAGACUAGACCCGCGAUUGAGACCCUUGCCACAAAACUGAAUGACAUGUUCAAGGACUCGCAUUGUAUGGGCAACGCCAUGGGCCCAGCUCUCCAGGCAGCCUACAAGUUGAUCUCGCACAUCGGAGGGAAGAUCAUGGUUCUGAGUGCCAGUUUACCAUCGUUGGGACCGGGGGCACUGAAAGCGCGGGAAGAUCCGAAAGUGCUGGGGACGUCGAAGGAGUCGAGUCUGCUCCAAGCGGCCACGGGAUUCUACAAGAGCUUCGCCAUAGACUGUUCUCGCUCCCAAGUCUCCGUCGACAUGUGGCUCUUCUCCUCGGUCUAUGCCGACGUCGCCUCUCUGAGCUGCUUGCCCCGUUACACCGGCGGGAAUACCUACUUCUAUCCCGCCUUUAAUGCCGCUAGGGCCGAGGAUGCCCUCAAAUUUGCGCACGAAUUCGGCCAGGUCCUUGCUAGCCCAAUCGCCUUGGAGGCUGUCAUGCGCGUUCGGGCUUCCCGAGGUAUCCGUCUAUCCGCCUUCCAUGGCAAUUUCUUUGUUCGUUCCACAGAUCUUUUGGCUCUGCCAGCGGUCCCGAUGGACCAAUCGUAUGCAAUCGAGCUGCUGAUAGAGGACCCGAUCAGCAUGCCCUUCGUGGUCUUCCAGACCGGAGUGCUGCACACCACCUCUUCGGGCGAGCGACGAAUCCGGGUGAUUACAACGGCGUUGCCGACGACAAGCAGCAUUGCCGACCUCUAUGCCACUGCCGACCCUGUGGCUAUUGCCACCCUCUUGGCUAAUAAGGCCGUCGAAAGGUCCAUGCAGGCUAGAUUGGAAGACGCAAGAGACGCAGUGACUAAUAAAUUGGUCGAUAUCCUUGGAACUUACAAGGCCACAAUGACUGCCGCCGGUACUGGUCCUAGUCCCCAAUUGGUCAUCAGCGAAAACUUGAAGAUCUUACCGCUCCUACUACUAGGCUUACUGAAACAUGUGGGAUUAAGACAGUCAUCGCAGAUACCUAGUGAUGUGAGGGCUUACGCUCAAGCCUUGUUGACGACAUUGCCGUGCCAAUUACUUGUGCCGUACUUAUAUCCCACGUUGUAUUCCCUGCACAACAUGCCGAAAGAGUGUGGGACGGUGGGCGAGCAAGGCGUGAUCCUGCCCCCUCAGUUGAACGCCUCGAGCGAGAAGCUCGAACGUCAUGGCCUCUUCCUAAUCGAGGACUCGCAGAAUAUCUUCCUCUGGGUCGGCCGUGAGGCCGUGCCUCAACUAGUGACCGACGUCUUCGACCUCCCCAAUUACCAGGCGUUACGUGGCGGCAAGGCGACGCUCCCAUUACUAGAGAACCAAUUCUCUCAACGAGUCAAUGCGAUCAUCGGCAAGAUCAGAGAAUCCAGACGGGGCCCGUACUAUCCCCAUCUCUAUGUGGUCAAGGAGGACGGGGAACCGUCGCUCCGGAUCUGGGCGCUCAGCUUGCUCGUCGAAGAUCGUCAGGACGCCCUGCCUAGUUAUCACCAAUACGUCAAUGCUCUCAAGGAUAAGGUUAAUGGCGGCUCUUUUUAA